AUGCAGAAUGCCCCUUUAGUAUCGCAUUUGGACCACAACACUACAGCCAUGGACCGCCAUACUUCCAAAUUCAAUACUCACGCGUCUCUUGAAUACGAGAAUGAGAACGAGGAUAGCCUCUCUAUUCUGUCGCUCGACGUCAAUGAGAAUGAAAUAACUCUUAUGUUCUCGCCCACCAUGUUCCCUCUCCAGCAAAUUUCCGACCAACGAAAUACAGUUCGACGCGUUUCCAAGAUCGAUGUCGACGGCGAAAGCAGGGUCAUAUCGAACGCGUGCCGUCAAGAAAACGCACCACAAAAUAGGACUGCAUUCAUCAAUAGCGACACCCCCAAAAGGGGACAGAUCAUCCCAAGCGCCCCGUCAAGGGAAUCACAGAGGAGGCGGCCGGCUUAUACGUACCCGACAGCCGCGGAAGUUGAGGAACGCGUCCGUCGGCAACGCGAGAUUGCCAGCUGGAAACCACCAAGUCAUCUGAUGCAGAGGUCUAUCAAUGAGAAUACCUGCAGAGCUAUAUCGAGUGUCAGUUCAGCCCUCGGCAUCGGCAUACGUCGGGUUGCCAUAGGCUCUGCCGCUGGUGCAAGUGCUUUAUAUCAUCAUGCUCGCCGGCGGAUUUCGCCGACACAACACCAUGAGCUUUCUCAGCCGGCCUGUACGAAACGCGUGAGGACUUUCGACGGCGGUAAGUCUCUUUUCACCCAGCCAGCUGUAGGCCUGCAUCUCAUUCGCAUGUAUACUGACGCAGCAGUCCAUACAGAAGACGGCUGGGUCGAGGUCUCGGGCACUUAG